CUAAAGUUCGGACACGAAAGUAAACACCUACACCGUCCGAUCAGUCGCGGUCACAAUCAAACCCUUCAUUAUCAUAGCGUCUGCAUUUAUCCGGACAAGUCGACCUCUCUGAUCACAUCGACACGCGACAAGGAUGGGCGUAACGAAACGUGCCAACCGCAACAAGGGCGCCUCGGCCGCAACCAAAAGCAGUGGUGCGCAACAACAAGGAGGAGUCAAGCGUGCCGUGUACGAGUCUACAAAGAAGCGCGAAGUCGGAGUGUCUGACCUGACGCUGUUGUCUAAGAUCUCCAACGAGGCGAUUAAUGAGAACCUGAAGAAGCGUUUCGAGCAUGGAGAUAUCUACACGUACAUCGGCCACGUCUUGAUUUCUGUGAACCCAUUUCGAGAUUUGGGUAUCUACACCGAGAAUGUGCUGGCGAGUUAUCGUGGAAAGAACAGGUUGGAGAUGCCGCCGCACGUGUAUGCGAUCGCGGAAAGUGCAUACUACAACAUGAAUUCCUAUAAGGAGAAUCAAUGUAUCAUCAUUUCUGGUGAGUCUGGUGCAGGAAAGACCGAGGCGGCAAAACGAAUCAUGCAGUACAUCGCCAAUGUCUCUGGGUCCGGAUCAUCGAGCAUUCAGGAGGUCAAGGACAUGGUCCUCGCCACGAACCCUCUGCUCGAAUCUUUCGGUUGUGCAAAGACGCUGCGAAACAACAACUCCUCGCGACACGGAAAGUAUCUCGAAAUCCAGUUCAACACCUCCGGCGAACCCGUCGGUGCGAACAUCACCAAUUACUUGUUGGAGAAGAAUCGUGUAGUGGGUCAGAUCGAGAACGAGAGGAACUUCCACAUCUUUUAUCAGUUCACGAAGUCUGCCGAUGCGAGACAGAGGGAGAUGUUUGGGUUGCAGGGUCCUGAAUCUUACGUCUACACCUCCCGCUCCAACUGCUUCUCGGCUCCUGGAAUUGACGAUAGCAAGGACUUUGCCGAUACCCUCGCUGCUAUGCGCACCAUCGGUCUCACCCAAGCAGAGCAGGACGAGAUCUUCCGGAUGUUGGCCAUCAUCCUCUGGCUUGGAAACGUCCAGUUCGUGGAGGAUCAUGACGGAAAUGCGGCGAUUGCGGAUGAGUCCGUACCGAACUUCGUGGCAUAUCUGAUGGACGUCGAUGCCUCUGCUGUAAUCAAGGCUUUGACUAUUAGAGUUAUGGAGACGAGCAGGGGUGGACGACGUGGAUCCGUGUACGAUGUUCCGCUUAACCCAACCCAAGCAACAGCUGUCCGAGAUGCACUCAGCAAAGCCAUUUACAACAACCUCUUCGAGUGGAUCGUCAGCAGAGUCAAUAUUUCUAUGACUGCGCGGUCUCAGACGGCGUACACAAUUGGUAUCCUCGAUAUCUACGGUUUCGAAAUCUUCGAGCAGAACUCUUUCGAGCAGUUGUGUAUCAACUACGUAAACGAGAAGCUGCAGCAGAUCUUCAUUGAGCUCACACUUAAGACUGAGCAGGAGGAGUAUGUCCGCGAACAGAUCAAGUGGACUCCUAUCGAUUACUUCAACAACAAGAUCGUAUGUGAUUUGAUCGAGGAGAAGAGGCCGCCUGGUAUCUUUGCUGCGUUGAACGAUGCUGUCGCGACGGCGCAUGCGGAUAGUGGUGCCGCUGACUCUAGUUUCGUUCAGAGACUUGGGUUCUUGAGCUCUAACCCUCAUUUUGAGAGUAGACAGGGACAUUUCUUGGUGAAGCAUUACGCUGGAGACGUGAUGUACACCGUCUCGGGUAUGACUGACAAGAACAAGGAUGCCUUGUUGAAGGAUUUGCUUGAUCUUGUUGCGGUGUCCGGAAACCCCUUCUUGGGUACCAUCUUCCCCGAUCGUGUUGAUAGAGAUUCAAAGAAGAGGCCGCCCACUGCGGGUGAUAAGAUUAAGGCUUCUGCGAAUGAUCUCGUGCAGACGUUGAUGAGGGCUAGGCCAUCGUACAUUCGCACCAUCAAGCCCAACGAGAAUAAGAGUCCUACGGAGUAUAAUGAGAAGAACGUCGUUCAUCAGAUCAAAUACCUCGGCCUCCAGGAGAACGUGCGUAUCCGUCGCGCUGGAUUCGCAUAUCGUCAGACUUUCGAAAAGUUUGUUGAGCGCUUUUACUUGCUCAGUCCGAGGUGUUCGUACGCUGGUGACUAUACCUGGACGGGUGAUAUGAAGAGCGGUACUUUGCAGAUUUUGAAGGAUACGGGUAUACCGGCCGAGGAGUACCAAAUGGGUACUACUAAGGCAUUCAUCAAGACUCCCGAGACUUUGUUCGCCUUGGAGCACAUGCGAGAUAGGUACUGGCACAACAUGGCCACCCGUAUUCAGCGUGCUUGGAGGAACUUUUUGAGGUACAGAAAUGAGUGCGCGAUCCGGAUUCAGCGUAUGUGGAUGCGGAACAAGAUCAACCUGCAGUAUAUCCAGAUGAGGGAUGAGGGUCACAGGACGCUUGCGGGGAGGAAGGAGAGGAGGAGGAUGUCGCUCCUUGGAAGCAGGAGGUUCUUGGGUGAUUAUUUGGGUGUUGGGAUGAAGGGUGGGUAUGGAGAGGUGAUUGCGAGGAGUGCGGGUGUUGCGGGUGAGAACGUGCAGUUCUCGUGUAAGGCGGAAGUCUUGGUGUCGAAGCUUGGACGUUCGAGUAAGCCAAGUCCGAGGAUGUUGGUGCUGACGGACAAGGCUGUCUACAUCAUCAUCCAAGCUGUUGUCAAUGGACAGUUGCAGAUCUCUACGGAGAGGCAGAUCAGGUUGGGUGAAAUCAAGUAUGUUGGCAUGACCAACCUUCGGGACGACUGGAUGUCUUUCGGUAUCGGAAGCCCGCAGUUGCCUGAUCCGCUCAUCUCAUGUGUCUUCAAGACUGAAUUCUGCACGCGUCUCCGCAUCGUACACCGUGGUGUUGACAUCCGUGUCGGUCCCGCCAUCGAGUACAGCAAGAAGCCUGGUAAGUUCGCUACAGUCAAGGCGCAGAAAGACCCUCAGGUUCCAAGAGAUGAUGUCUACAAAAGUGGAACGAUUCACGUGCCCCAAGGUGAGCCCGCGAACAGCGUCUCGCAUCCCACGCCGCCGAAGAAGGCCGGUAUUGUUAGGCCGAUUACGACUGGCAAGUUGUUGAAGCCGAGUCAGCCAAGAAACAUGCAGGCUGUAGCUAGGUCCAAGCCUGCGUCUACUCCUGCUCACAGACAGCCUGCUGCUACUACUGCACCCGUUACAUUGGCUCAGCCAGCUGCUUCUAUGGCUUCUGUUGGCAGAACUGCUCCUCCCCCACCACCUCCUCCUCCCGCUGCCGUUGAGGAACCUCAAGCACCGAUCUAUAAGGGUCUCUACGACUUCAACGGACAGAGUGCUUCGGAAUUGUCCUUCAAGAAGGAUGAAGUUCUUGACAUCGUGCAGAAGGGUGAGACUGGAUGGUGGCUGGCUAGAAAGGACGGACGCGACGGAUGGGUUCCUCAGAGUUAUGUCAAGGAAGAGAUGCCUCCACCCAGGACGAGUCCUUUGCCCGGCGCCACAAACGGUGCACCAAAACCACCUGCGACAAGGCCUGCUGGCGUUGCUUCAGGAAAGGCACCCAUGCCUGCUCCUCCGAAGGCAAGACCCAACUCUAGUCGCCCUGCUGCCCCCGCAGCACCGCCGAGACCUGGUGCAUCUGCCGGCACGUCGGGUACUGGAACUCCUGUUGUCCCAGGCCGUCCUGGACAGAACAUGGCGGGAUCAUUGGCGGAUGCUUUGCGGGCCCGAGCGCAGGCAAGCAAUGGCAGGGAUCACGAGGAGGAGGAUGAUGACUGGUGAAGAAUGUCCGGUGGUGACUAGUAUCAGCGAUCUUUUAGCGAGCAAAGUUGAAGCCCUAACAUUUACGAGAUGUUAAUCAACCGUU